CCAACUCGACAGUUUCCUCUUCCUCCUCCUAAAUCCUUUUAAAUAAAAUCGCAGUGGUUCGCUGCAACCUACAAUCUCUUCUCUCUCUAUCUCUCUCCUUCUCUAUUUCUCUCUGUAUCUCUCUCUCUCUAUCUCCCUUAAAAAUUUUAAAUAAAGCUUCGUGUGGAUGUGGGUAAUUAUCCGAUCAUUCUCUUAAAUUUUAGUCCUGUUUUGGUUACAAUUAUUACGCUCUGGUGAGUUCAAAAAUUCCCCCACGGCGAUUCAGUUUUUGGAUUUUUUUUUUCUUUUAAUUUUUUUGUCCACUUGCUGUUUUCUGUUAAAUAUUUGGCCAAGUUUGGAUCAAGGUGCUUGCUUAAACUCUCCUCCACUUCCCUCGCAUUUUGCCUCUAUAAUUUUCAAACCAAAAAGAAAAAAAGUUGGAAUUUUUUUUUUUUUUUCUUUCCUCAUCUUCCUGAUUCAAUAAUAAUAAUAAUAAUAAUCCCGUGUGUUUUUUCUCCAAUUUUUCAUAUCAUUUUUCAUCUCUGUGCCUUUUCCAGUAGCUCUCUAAUCUCUAUACCGGCCGGGGCCGGCCAAGGUGGGGUUUUUUUUUUUUUUUUUAAAGCCCUCAUUUAAUCCUCUUGUUGUCGACACAGAAAUGGUAUCAAGCUCCUACUCGAAUCUUCUGGAAUUGGCCUCCGGCGAAUCCUCCUCGUCCUCCUCCUCUGCGGCUGUCGGCCGCAUCGCCCGCCGCAUCCCGCGGGUGCUGACGGCCCCCGGCAUCGUCCCCGGCCUCGGCGACUCCGACUCCGACGCCGACGCCGACGCCGACGCCGCAUCGGUGUCGUCGUCGCAGUCGGACAACUCCUCCCACUCGGCGCGCGAGCGCACCAUCAUCGUCGCCAACCAGCUCCCGAUCCGGGCGGCGCGGCGCCCCGCAUCCGAGGGCGGCGGGGGAUGGGCCUUCUCGUGGGACGAGGAUUCGCUGCUCCUGCAGCUGAAGGACCGGAUCAGCGAGCACUCGUCGGACGCGGAGUUCGUGUACGUGGGGUGCCUCCGCGAGGAGAUCCCGGCGGCGGAGCAGGAGGAGGUGGCGCAUACGCUCCUGGAGACGUUCCGAUGCGUGCCGGCGUUCCUCCCGGGCGAGCUCCGGUCCCGGUUCUACCUGGGGUUCUGCAAGCAGCAGCUGUGGCCGCUGUUCCACUACAUGCUGCCGCUCUCCCCCGACCUCGGCGGGCGCUUCGACCGCACCCUCUGGCAGGCGUACGUGUCCGUGAACAAGAUCUUCGCCGACAAGAUCCUGGAGGUGAUCAACCCGGACGACGACCUGGUGUGGGUCCACGACUACCACCUGAUGGUCCUCCCAACCUUCCUGCGCAAGCGCUUCAACCGCGUCAAGCUCGGCUUCUUCCUCCACAGCCCCUUCCCCUCCUCCGAGAUCUACCGCACCCUCCCCGUGCGCCUCGAGCUCCUCCGCUCGCUCCUCAACUCCGACCUCAUCGGCUUCCACACCUUCGACUACGCCCGCCAUUUCCUCUCCUGCUGCAGCCGCAUGCUCGGCCUCACCUACGAGUCCAAGCGGGGCUACAUCGGCCUCGAGUACUACGGCCGCACCGUCAGCAUCAAGAUACUCCCCGUCGGGAUCCACAUGGGCCAGCUCAGGUCCGUGCUCGCCCUCCGCGCCACCGAGCUCAAGGUCGCCGAGCUCAUCGGGCAGUUCUGCGACAAGGGCCGGACGCUGCUGCUCGGCGUCGACGACAUGGACAUUUUCAAAGGCAUCAGCUUGAAGCUGCUGGCGUUCGAGCAGCUGCUGGCGCAGCACCCGGAGUGGCGCGGAAAAGUCGUCCUGGUUCAGAUCGCCAACCCUGCUCGGGGCCGGGGGAAGGAUGUCAAAGAGGUCCAGGCCGAGAGUUACGCCAUGGUGAAGCGGAUCAACGAAGCUUUCGGCCGCCCCGGGUACGAGCCCGUCAUCCUCAUCGAUAGGCCGCUGCACUUCUACGAAAGAAUGGCUUACUAUGUGGUCGCCGAGUGUUGUCUGGUGACCGCCGUCAGGGACGGCAUGAAUCUUAUCCCGUACGAAUACAUUAUCGCCCGAGAGGGGAACCGCGAGCUCGAUAAGGUGUUGGGGUUGAGCCCGUCGGCUCAGAAGAAGAGCAUGUUGGUGGUCUCGGAGUUCAUCGGCUGCUCCCCUUCCCUGAGCGGGGCUAUCAGGGUUAACCCGUGGAAUAUUGACGCGGUGGCCGAUGCCAUGGACUCCGCCUUGGAAAUGGCCGAGCCCGAGAAGCAGCUUCGGCACGAGAAGCACUAUAGGUACGUCAGCACGCACGACGUCGGGUACUGGGCAAACAGCUUUUUGCAGGAUCUGCAAAGGACCUGCAAGGAUCACAACAGGAGGAGGUGUUGGGGGAUAGGUUUUGGGCUCGGUUUUAGGGUUGUAGCCCUUGAUCCCAACUUCAGGAAGCUCGCUUACGAGCACAUUGUUUCGGCUUAUCGGAGGAGCACGACCCGAGCCAUUCUUUUGGAUUAUGACGGGACCCUGAUUCCGCAGGCAUCUAUUGAUAAAAGCCCUAGCGCAAAGUCUAUCGAGAUCUUGAACAGUUUGUCCCGAGAUAAGAACAAUAUGGUGUUUCUCGUAAGCGCGAGAAGUCGAAAAACCUUAAGCGAGUGGUUCUCGCAGUGCGAGAAUAUUGGAAUAGCGGCAGAGCAUGGCUACUUCUUCAGGCUCAGGAAAGAUGCAGAGUGGGAAACGUGCGUGCCGGCAGCAGACUGCAGCUGGAAGCAAAUUGCAGAGCCUGUUAUGAAGCUAUAUACUGAAACAACUGAUGGGUCGACCAUCGAGGACAAGGAGACAGCGGUUGUCUGGUGUUACGAGGACGCCGAUCCUGAUUUUGGCUCUUGUCAAGCAAAAGAGCUUCUCGACCAUCUAGAGAGCGUCCUCGCCAAUGAGCCCGUUUCAGUGAAAAGCGGGUCUAAUUGUGUGGAGGUCAAGCCGCAGGGGGUUAGCAAGGGUCUUGUAGCUCGACGGCUGCUCUCUACUAUGAAGGAGCGAGAGUUGUUGCCGGACUUUGUUCUUUGCAUCGGUGACGACCGUUCUGAUGAAGACAUGUUUGAGGUGAUCACCACGGCAACAUCCGGCCCUUCUUUAGCACCAGAUGCUGAAGUGUUUGCUUGCACCGUCUGUCGAAAGCCCAGUAAAGCGAAAUAUUAUCUGGAUGAUACUACAGAAAUUGUUAGGUUGAUGCAAGGACUAGCUAAUGUUUCAGAUCAAGCCCCCCCUAUUAGUUCAAAUCCUGCCUAAAACUACGUUUUUCACCUUUCUGAAAAAGCAGCAAGAAGGUGAAUUCUUUUGCCUAUCUACGUAACCUUGUAGGGAGAGUGUAAACCGAUCAUCCUCUCUUCUCUUAUUGUGUUAUUAGGUGUAAAAAAAAAAAAAAAAACAAAGUUCCCUUUUACUUCUUUGGAGGUACCACCUCAUUUGUUUCCACUGAUUAGCAUGUAUAUAAGCUUUUGGUAGUGCAAUUUCGUGCGAAAAAUAGUAGUAGUGUUUGAGCAUCUUCCCAGGAGUGACUUUGGGAUCUUUGUGGUGUUUAGAAGGGUUUAGUUGUGUUUGUGAGAUAGUUAGCUUUUAGGUUUAUCUUAACUGGCUCUUGUGUCUGCAUCGAUCUUCUUAUCAUCAAGUUGUAGUAUGUUGGUUGACCUGCAGAUUAUUUAUUAAAAUGAGAUUAUUUUUUAAA